UCUUAACGAUUUCCCACCAUUUUUCCUAACGGCCCACUCGAAAUUUUGCAUUUCUUAAAUCACUACUAACCCAACAGCAAAAUAACUUUUCUUCCCAUCGACUCUCCCGACAACCUCAAUUGCAAAGAGUCACCGUCAAGAUGGGUAUUGAUCUCGACCGUCACCACGUGCGCAACACGCACCGCAAGGCGCCCAAGAGCGACAAUGUCUACCUCAAGCUCUUGGUGAAGCUGUACCGCUUCUUGGCCCGCCGAACGGAUUCCAGCUUCAACAAGGUUGUUCUCCGCCGACUUUUUAUGUCCCGCAUCAACCGACCCCCGGUUUCCCUAUCGCGCGUUAAGAGCCAGCUCUCCAAGGAGCAGGAGGGCAAGAUCAUCGUUGUCAUUGGCACCAUCACCGAUGACAACCGCCUCCUCGAGGUUCCCAAGGUCUCCAUCGCUGCUCUGCGAUUCACCGCCACUGCCCGCGCCCGCAUUUUGGCCGCUGGUGGUGAGGCUUUGACCCUCGACCAGCUGGCACUACGUGCCCCCACUGGCAGCAACACUCUGCUGCUCCGCGGCCCCAAGAACGCCCGCGAGGCUGUCAAGCACUUCGGCUUCGGCCCGCACAAGCACAAGAAACCCUACCUCGAGUCCAAGGGCCGCAAGUUCGAGAAGGCCCGUGGUCGCAGACGGUCAAGAGGUUUCAAGGUCUAAGAAAAACGUGGACGGAAAGCCUGGCUUGGGUUGGAUCUUGCGUUACGUCUUUUCCGGUAUACCAUGGACGCAAUGCUCAACAGGGGAGGGUUUAUCCUACUACAGGAGUGGUUUAUGCAUGGCUUGGCGUGAUACGGGAUUACAAAAUCGGUUCAUACAGAAUAAGAUGCGUUGCUACUUGUUCUGACAACUCUCGUCUACCUCUUGCGUAAUUAUCAUGACCGACUCCUACUUGAUUCUUUUUUUAGUAACGAAACCCCAGUAAAUACUAUGGUCUUGAGUUGAAU